UGUUAUUUGAAGAAUUUGGCGCUACUUUUAGUUGGAGGUUUUUUGAGCUCGCAGAAGGUUGUAGUUAAAUUCUCCUCCGUAAUCAGUACUUUUGAAGAAACGCCAAUCGACGAAGAUGCCCAGCACCCGCUCUCAGUCCACCCUGCAGUUCCCCCGGAGGAAGUCAUCCAGAACAGGUCCUGCAGACCCAAAAUCCAAAAGUGUGGCACACCUGCAGCCCCAUUCUCCUAGGGCAACUGCACAGAAGCCCCCCAGCCCAGUCAUUCUGCCCCUGAGUCCUCGCAAGCGAACAGGGGAUGAGAACAGAUGCAACCUGCCCCUAACCCUGUUGGGUUCACCGCCGAAGCAGAGGUGCCCUGGGGUGUCCUCGUCCUCCCCGCGCAAGCUGACCUUUGAUGAGAACACCCCUGUCUUCUCACCCCCGCGUAAGGGGCUGACCUCUCCAAAGUGCCUCCCCUUGGACCUGGGCUCUCCUAAUGGCCACUCUCCCCUCCGCCACCCACAGGAGGCUGCUAGCAGCCCCUGUGUCCGCUCAGAGAAGGCUCCCAUGCUUUCACUUGCUGCUGGAGAAGAGUCCCAGUUUCAUAGCGUGAAGCGGGCGCUCCACACGGCGGUUCCAGAGCGCCUGCUCUCACGAGAUAAGGAGCGCUCCACCAUACGCUCCUUUCUGACUGACAAGGUGAAGCAGGGCCUUCCCGCCAGCCUCUACAUCUCUGGAGCUCCAGGGACCGGGAAGACUGCUUGCCUUAACUGUGUGCUGCAGGAGAUGGAGGAUCAGCUUCAGGCGGUGCAGAAGGUGGUCAUCAACUGCAUGACGCUGCGUAGCUCCCAGUCAAUCUUCCCCCUUCUGGCCGAGCGGCUUGGUGCUUCGGGCAGCCACAGUGGCCAGCGGCUGGAGAGGCUGCUGACCAGUGCAGGGCCCACAGUUCUGCUGGUUCUGGAUGAGAUGGAUCAGCUGGACAGCAAAGCCCAGGAUGUUCUGUACACCAUCUUUGAGUGGCCCUACCUCCCCAGAUCUCGCCUGUGUCUCAUCGGCAUUGCCAAUGCCCUUGACCUGACAGACCGCAUCCUGCCCCGGCUGCAGUCACGGCCCCGCUGCCGCCCGGCCCUGCUGCACUUCCCCCCAUACAGCCGGCAGGAGCUGGCCGCCAUUGUACAGGACCGCCUGACACAGGGGUCAAGUGAUGCAGUGCUGGACGCAGCAGCAGUGCAGUUUUGUGCCAGAAAGGUCUCUGCAGUGUCAGGAGAUGCCCGUAAAGUGCUGGACAUCUGCAGGAGAGCUGUGGAAAUGGUAGAGUCAGAUGUGAGAAGUAAGAAGGCGCUCAGUCCAGCUGCUGAGCCCAAAGGGUCCCGUGUGAGUGUGCCCCAUGUGGCCAGGGUACUGUCGGAGGUGUACGGUGACCGCAUGGCUUCCGGAGGCGGGGAGGGGGAGAGCUUUCCGCUGCAGCAGAAGCUCCUGGUCUGCUGUCUGCUGCUGCUGACACGCCAGGGCAAGAGCCGUGAGGUCACGCUGGGCAAGCUCCAUGAAGUGAACAGCCGGCUGUGUGCCCAGAGACAGGUCGGGGGAGUGGGGCAGGGCGAGUGCCUGUCCCUGUGCAGCCUGCUGGAGAGUCGGGGCAUCUUCUCCCUCAAGAAGGCCAAGGAGGCACGCCUUACCAAGGUGUCUCUGAAGAUUGAGGAGAGGGAUGUAGAGAACGCCCUGAAGGACCGUGCCCUCCUGGGCAGCAUCCUCUCUGCAGGCCUGCCGUGACAUCUGCGUCCCCUCGCUCCGUUACACGUCUUCCGCUGUGUUGCA